GCGCUUGCUUAAUGCAUGUUGGUGGUGAAGUCAAGGUAGUUUCCAUUUCACAUAAAACAUUUCAUCCAAACAAAGCUUUGUAUUUCUGAUUUCUAAUUUCUACAUCACAUCAUCCAAAAACCAACGCAAACUCUCUCUUUCUAUUUCUAAUUUCUAACAGAAACAUGGGUUGCUUUGGAUUCUGCAAACAGAAUGAUACUUACACAAAUUCUGACAAAGGACACUUCAUGCAUACCAAUUCUAUCGGGAACUCCAGUUAUCAAGGGAGACACACAGCAAUAACCAUUCCUCGCCCUAUAACUCUCCAACCUAUUUCUGUCCCUUCCUUUACAGUUGAUGAAUUAAGGUCAAUGACAGAUAAUUUUGGUUCAAAGUCUUUCAUUGGUGAGGGUGCAUAUGGGAAAGUAUAUCGCGCCACAUUGAAAACUGGACAUGAAGUCGCAAUUAAAAAGUUGGAUUCUAGUAAACAGCCAGACCAAGAAUUUCUUUCUCAGGUCUCCAUCGUAUCAAGGCUAAAGCAUGAAAACGUUAUUGAACUUGUCAGUUAUUGUGUUGAUGGUCCUUUGCGUGCCCUUGCCUAUCAGUAUGCUCCUAAUGGAUCCCUUCAUGAUAUGCUACAUGGACGGAAAGGUGUCAAGGGUGCAGAACCUGGUGCAGUUCUGUCAUGGGCUCAAAGAGUUAAAAUCGCUGUUGGAGCAGCCAGAGGACUUGAAUAUCUUCAUGAAAAGGCAGAGGUUCAUAUUGUCCAUCGUUACAUUAAAUCUAGUAACAUACUUCUAUUCGAGGACGACGUUGCAAAGAUUGCUGAUUUUGAUCUGUCAAACCAAGCCCCUGAUGCUGCAGCACGUCUUCAUUCUACCCGUGUUCUUGGAACAUUUGGCUAUCACGCUCCAGAAUAUGCAAUGACUGGAAACCUCAAUUCAAAGAGCGAUGUUUACAGUUUUGGAGUUAUACUGUUGGAACUCUUAACUGGACGUAAACCUGUUGAUCACACCCUGCCCCGAGGACAGCAAAGCCUUGUGACAUGGGCAACGCCAAGGCUUAGUGAAGAUAAAGUGAAGCAAUGUGUUGAUGUUAGAUUGAAGGGAGAGUACCCAUCCAAGUCAGUUGCAAAGAUGGCUGCUGUUGCUGCACUAUGUGUUCAAUAUGAAGCUGAGUUUCGACCAAAUAUGAGCAUCAUUGUCAAAGCUUUACAGCCUCUACUCAAUACUCGCUCUGCUCAACCAAAGGAACCACGCAACUUGUAAAUUCCCAAACCAAACCCAUCAUUUCUUAGGUUGUGUUAAUUUGCAACAGAGUAUUGAAAGCAUCGUUUGUACUAUUAUAUCUAUUUAUUACCUAACAUUUGUAUUUCAAGUAAGCAUUACAAGAAAUAGUGAUUCAUAGUUAGGUUUCUGGUUUUGAGUGCUUAUGUUGCUACUUCAUGUUUUUGUUACAACUCAUAUGUUCAAGUGAAUAUAUUUAUAUUUAUAUAUACUACUGAA